GUUUGACGUUAGCAGCAGUUGAGCAAAAACUCUGAUUGCUGAUGAAGAGGAAGACAUGAGUUUGUACUUAUCCUGUGUUGGACAAACAGAAGUUUGGAGUCAUGGCUUCUGCAUCAGAAUCACAGUCUGCCUCGGAUUAUUUGACGGAAGCCAGAGAUUGCCUUGUUGGGAAAUUAAGGAAUCACUCAGUAAUUCUAGAGAACUUGCUUCAACAAAAAUUUCUCCAUGAUGAAGAGGUCAGCGAGAUAGAGGCAGAGAAAAAACCCUUUGAGAAAGACAGAAAUAUACUGGACUCAGUCAUUAGAAAGGGUGAACGAGCCUGCUACCACUUACUGUGGAUUAUUUACAUGAUAAGCAAGAGGACCAAAAAGAAACCAGCUUCUCUCUUGAAGAACCAUGAUGGAGCUGAGGCUAAAAAGUUUGACCUGGAUCACUGGAUCAGCUGCUUUCCUUUCAAAGAAGAUGCAGAAAUGGAUACAAACUUCUUGCAAGGAUCCAGUUCCUGCUACAGAUAUCAAGAAAAGUUGAAGUCAAAAGCAAAAGAAAAAUCUAAACAUUUUUGGGAAGGAGGUAAAAGGCUUUUUAAAGAAGAUAAAAAGCCUGAGCUAUCAUUUAUUCCACUGGUGCUAGAUACAGAAGCUCCCCCGUCCAAAAUAACGACAUCUAAAAACAUGAAGAGCAAAUUAAGUCGUCCUGACAAGUUAAGGACUUACAUUCCCAGGGAUAAACCAAAGAUAUCCCCCAGUGACCUGCUGGAAACUGGUGAAAGGUUCCUCUUGGUUGGCAAACCUGGAAUUGGAAAUACGGCUCUGUGCCAUGAAAUACUAAGACUGUGGUCAGAGAGAGAUGACAAGAGGCUGGAUUACAUGUUUUACUUUGAUAUGAGGGAAAACAACGUCCCACUAAUCAGAUCAGAGGAUCUUCUUCAGUACAUUGAACCAGAUGAGGGCAAAGAUGAGAUCUUAGAGGAUAUGAGGAGCUUCUCGAAUCUUGUCACAGUCAUUUUAGAUGGAGUCACUGAUAUUUCUUCUGUGAUAAAAAAACUGGUAGAAAAAGAUCUGCUGUCUGAUGCAAAAAUCAUCAUCACCUGCAGACCAGAUGAUGAGGAAGAUCUCUGUCUAGAAGACUGGCUCAGAGUGGAGGUGAAAGGCUUCAGUGAAGGAGCAAUAAAAACAUAUCUGUCUAAAGCACUGGGUGACGAUCAUCAGGAGGUUCUGAGUAACGUGGAGCUGGUCACUCUUUCUUAUGUUCCAAUGUAUGCUCUGAUGGUGGCCGCCACCGUUUCAUCAGGUGACUCACAGCAGCCCAGAACUGUCACUGAAAUAUACAUCAAUAUUGUUCGGUUUACACUCAAGAUUAACGGCAACAUAAAGUGGAAGGAUCUCAAUAAGUUCAUCAGAACCAAGAGAGAUGAAAUCAUGUCUCUGGCUGAAGCUGCUUUUUAUGCAACUCAAAGUAAAACUGUGAACCUGAAAGAACUUUCCUGUGAGGACAGCUGUGUCCUUUCCUUCCUGAACUCACUUGAUGAAAAAGUCGCUCCUACUGAAACCAUAACUGUCCACACUUUCCUCCAUUACAUCAUGCAGGAGUUCUUUGCUGCUUUGUGGCCUUUAAAGGAUCCAGAGAAGAUCAGGAAGGUUUUUCAGAAGAGCCUCACUGAUGAGAUGAAACACAUGAAACAUCUGAUCCCCUUCAUGUGUCGCUUGUUGAAUGACACAAAUCCACGUUUGAUGAGCUGUCUGAUUCCAGAUUUGGAGCUGAUGGAAACAUCUGAUUGGUUCCUCAAAGAGAUGAUCGACACGUUUUGCAGCGAGCCCAACGUUGACAGACUGUUCCAGUACCGAUGUCUGUACGAGUCCCAGAGCGUUAAAAAGUGCAAAUACUUUCUAAACAAACUGGACUUCCAUCUGGACCUCAGUGGAGAGAACCUGGACCCGUAUUCCUGCCAAGCUGUGGCCUUUAUUGUCACUCAGUCAAAGGAAAAAAAAAUAAACCUGAACCUUCAGGAUGUAACCGUAGCAGACCAAGGAAUGGACUUUAAAGUUCUGCUGCGCCUUGAUGGUAACCAGCUACAUCUUCCAGUUGGGGGUACAGAACACCUUUUUGAAAGAGCUCUGAUGCUCAUCAAGGGGGCAAAGCCUAAGGUGGAGGUCUGGUUGUAUUGGCGCAGUGGAGAUCAAGGCUUGAUUCAACAUGAAUACCUGUUGGAGGCUUUGUCACACAUCAGCUUAAUCCGCUUUCACAGGCCACAAUUGCAAGAACAAGCAGAGUUCUUUGUGAAUCUGUUCUGUGCCGCUGCAGAGAGAGAAAAGCAGACAGGAAAGAAGAUUCUGGACCUCUUGAAACCAGUUUGGAAAUAUAAAACAUUGCCUUCAAAUCACCUAAACAGGAAUAAAUAUCAGAGUGACUUCCUGCUGGAUCUUUACUCCCAGAUGAAGGACAGUGAGACUAAAACAGGUCUGAGUCUCCUUCCAUCAUUUCAGUCAGUUUUCCAGUCAGCUCCUCCAUUCUGGAGCAUAGACCUCUCAAAGAGAAAGACCUCCAUCCUCCUGGAAGUGUUGAAGCUCCAGUCAGAGAAAAAAAGCCUGGUGCUGACAGGCUGCUCGCAUGAAGAGAGCGAAGUGCAGAGUUUUUUAGAUUGUCUGCCUCAUAUUGACGAGUUUAGUUUUGUUUCCAAUGGAGCCGACGAAUCAAAACAAACCCGCUUCAUAGUGAAUCUGUUCUAUGAAGCAGCAAAGAGAGAACAGCUGACAGGAAAGAAGGUGGUGAAGCCAUUAGCAUCAGUCUGCUCAUAUACAUUUCCUGUAAAUGAAGAAGACACAUUUUAUUAUUAUGACAAGGAGAAGCAUGUGGAUGCUCUGCAUCAGUGUCAAUUCCUGCUGGAUCUGUACUCCCUGGUAAAGGACCAUAAGACUAAAACAGGUCUGAGUCUCCUUCCAUCAUUACAGUCAGUUUUCCAGUCAGCUCCUCCAGUCUGGACCAUAAAGCUCUCAGAGAGAAAGACCUCCAUCCUCCUGGAAGUGUUGAAGCUCCAAUCAGAGAAGAAACCAGUGAAGCUGACAGACUGCUCACAUGGAGAGAGUGAAGUGAGGAGUUUCCUACAGUGUCUGCCUUAUAUCUCACAGCUCAGUUUUGGGUUCCUGGCAUCUAAAGAUUUAGCAGUGCUGUUCUUUGAAGCAGCAAAGACAGAACAGCAACCAGGAGAGAAUAUGCUGAAGCUGUUAGCGUCAGUCUGUAGUUAUACAACAUUCCCCUUAGGAGAAAGUACAUUGAAUGACUACUAUCAGAGUGUCCUCCUGCUGGAUCUUUACUCCCAGCUGAACGACCAUGAGACUGAAACGGGUCUGAGUCUCCUUCCUUCAUUACAGUCAGUUUUCCAGUCAGCUCCUCCAGUCUGGACCAUAAAGCUCUCAGAGAGAAAGACCUCCAUCCUCCUGGAAGUGUUGAAGCUCCAAUCAGAGAAGAAACUAGUGAAGCUGACAGACUGCUCACAUGGAGAGAGUGAAGUGAGGAGUUUCCUACAGUGUCUGCCUUAUAUCUCACAGCUCAGAAUUUGGUUCCAGACUUCCAACAAUUCAACACAAACAAACUUCUUAGUGAAUCUACUCUGUGCAGCAGCAGAGAGAGAUGAGCUGAGAGGAGAGAAGACGGUGGAGCUGGUAGCAUCAGGCUUGGGAUAUGAAAGAUUUUCUUUAAAAAGGAAUCAUUCAUAUCUACAAACUAUUGAAAGAUUCCAUUUAAAAGAAAAAGAGGAUGAAUAUCGUCUAGUCUUACUAUUGCAUCUGUACUCCCAGAUGAAAGAACAUGAGACUGAAACAGGUCUGAGUCUCCUUCCAUCAUUACAGUCAGUUUUCCAGUCAGCUCCUCCAGUCUGGACCAUAAAGCUCUCAGAGAGAAAGACCUCCAUCCUCCUGGAAGUGUUGAAGCUCCAAUCAGAGAAGAAACCAGUGAAGCUGACAGGCUGCUCACAUGGAGAGAGUGAAGUGUGGAGUUUCCUACAGUGUCUGCCUUAUAUCUCACAGCUCAGAUUUGACCAUUGGAGCUCAGACCCUGAUGAACAAAUCAGGCUCUUAGCAAAUCUCUUCUGUGAAGCAGCAAAGACAGAGCAGGAUACAGGGGAGAAGAUGGUGGAACAAUUAGCAUCAGUCUGCUCAUAUAACUUUACUGUAACUAAUGAAGACACAUGUUAUGAAUUUGAUGAAGAAAAGCAUGUGGAAUAUCAGUGUCGGUGUCAUUUUCUGUUGGAGCUGUACUCCCAGAUGAAGAACCAUGGGACUAAAACAUGUCUGAGUCUCCUUCCAUCAUUACAGUCAGUUUUCCAGUCAGCUCCUGCAGUCUGGACCAUAAACCUCUCAGAGAGAAAGACCUCCAUCCUCCUGGAAGUGUUGAAGCUCCAAUCAGAGAAGAAACCAAUGGAACUGACGGGCUGCUCACUUGAAGAGGAUGAAGUUAGGAGUUUCCUACAGUGUCUGCCUUACAUCUCAGAGCUCAGGUUUUAUCUCUGGAAUUCAGCUCUUCAUAUAAAAAACACGUUUUUACUAAGGCUGUUCUCAACGGCAGUAAAGACGGAACAGGAGACAGGAGAGAAGAUGCUGGAGCUGUUGCUCAAUGUUUUUCCUAAUGGAGCUUACCCAUUCAAUAGAAGAUUCAAUGUUAACCCUGAUGAUGAUAGUGACGUUAAAGAUAACUCUGACUUCCUGCUGGAUCUGUACUCCCAGAUUAAGGACUGUGAGACUAAAACGGGUCUGAGUCUCAUUCCAUCAUUACAGUCAGUUUUCCAGUCAGCUCCUGCAGAGUUGAUCAUAGACCUGUCAGAGAGAAAGGCCUCCAUCCUCCUGGAAGUGUUGAAGUUCCAAUCAAAGAAAAAGCAAGUAGAGCUCAGAAACUGCUCAUAUGAUGACUACAGUGACCUGAAGAGUUUCCUACAGUGUCUGCCUUAUAUCUCAAAGUUUAGGUUCGCUCCUGUCUGCUUCAAUCCGCCUGAACAAAUCAGGUUCUUGGUGAAUCUACUCAUUGCAGCAGCAAAGUUAGAACAGGAGACAGGAGAUAAAGUGAUGGAUAUGUUAGUAUCAGUCUGUACAUUUGAGGUGUCCUCUUGUGAACAAGACACAGAUCAGGAUUUUUAUUGUGAAGAUUACAGUGAGGAUGAGGAUCAGGAGGAACAUGUGGCCGAUUAUAGACAGAGUGACUUCUUGCUGGACCUUUACUCCCAGGUGAAGGACAGUGAGACAGAAAGAGGUCUGAGUCUCCUUCCAUCAUUACAGUCAGUUUUCAAAUCAGGUCCUCCAGUCUGGACCAUAAACCUCUCAGAGAGAAAGACCUCCAUCCUCCUGGAAGUGUUGAAGCUCCAAUCAGAGAAGAAAGCAGUGAAGCUGACAGGCUGCUCACAUGGAGAGAGUGAAGUGAGGAGUUUCCUACAGUGUCUGCCUUAUAUCUCACAGCUCAGUUUGGAAUCUCAGAGGUCCUUUUUUCUCAAACAAACUGGGCUGUUAGUGUGUCUGUUCUGUGCAGCAGCAGAGAGAGAACUACAGACAGGAGAGAAGAUGGUGGAGCUGUUAGCAUCACUCUGUAGAUAUGAAACAUUUCCUCUGGAGGAAAAAUACGGGGAUUACAAAUAUCGUCUUUCCUUCCUGCUGGAUUGGUACUCCCAGAUGAAGGACUGUGAGAUUACCACAUGUCUGAGUGUGCUUCCGUCAUUGCAGUCAGUUUUUCAGUCAUCUUCACUAGUCUGGACCAUAAAGCUCUCAGAGAGAAAGACCUCCAUCCUCCUGGAAGUGUUGAAGCUCCAAUCAGAGAAGAAACCAGUGGAGCUGACAGACUGCUCACAUGGAGAGAGUGAAGUGAGGAGUUUUGUUAGGUGUCUGCCUUAUAUCUCACAGCUCAGGUUGGAUCUUAAAAGCUUAACUCCUCCUGAACAAAUCAGGUUCUUAGUGAAUCUGUUCUGUGCAGCAGCUGAGAGAGAACAGCAGACAAGAUAGAAGAUUCUGGAUAUGUUGGUAUCAGUAUGCCAGUUUGAUAUAUCCUCUUGGAUGCAACGCAUAUUUCAGGAACUUGAUGAACAUUACUUUGAGGAUGAGGAGGAGUUUGACGUUUAUAGCCAGAUUAACUACCUAAAAAGUGACUUCCUGCUGGAUCUUUACUCCCAGAUGAAGGACAGUGAGACUAAAACAGGUCUGAGUCUCCUUCCAUCAUUAAAGUCAGUUUUCCAGUCAGCUCCUCCAGUCUGGACCAUAAAGCUCUCAGAGAGAAAGACCUCCAUCCUCCUGGAAGUGUUGAAGCUCCAAUCAGAGAAGAAACCAGUGGAGCUGACAGACUGCUCACAUGGAGAGAGUGAAGUGAGGAGUUUCCUACAGUGUCUGCCUUAUAUCUCACAGCUCAGCUGUGAUCCAGGGUUCUUCCAGAUCGUUUGUUCAUCCACACCAUUCAGAUCCAGAGAGGAGGUCCAGCAGCUGGUGUCACUGCUUCAGCUCCUGAACUUCAAACUGCCUCUAACAG